AAUUGAAGUUCCAGAAGUACACGUAACGGUCAUAAAAGUUAAUUUUCUCCAGAUUUAAUGUCGUUUCUGUUCGAUUGCAUAAAUUUUUCUUCUUUUGUUUAAAUAAUUGAAAAAGAAAACGUUUCAUUAAUCUGAGCAGCUAGUUAACGAUAUUUCACCACGUAUACCACGUUCUUAACAGUUCAAAAUUCAUAAAACGUAAAUUGAGUGAAAACUUUAUACUUUAAUGUCAUCCACAGUCUCAAUAUUGAAUCAGUUUAAAAAUUAAGAUUGAAAUACUAACGUUAGUUGGAAAUGAGUUUAAUUUCAAAUUGUGUUUAGAGAAGACGAUUUUUUCGAACUUAAGUUUGAGAAAAUUGAUUUUUGUACAAAUGGCUGAUACAAUGACAAAACCUGAAACUGAUACAAAGAAAAAGGAUUUUCCUGUUUUUGAAAAUGCCCAAAGGGUCGAUGGUGACGAAAAGUUUAAAGGUGACCCCAUUCAGCAAGCGAUGGGGCAAUUCGGAAAAUGGCACAUUAUUGUUUGCGCCACAGUGUUCCUUGUCAAAUUUCCAGUGGCAUGGCAUCAAAUGAGCACAAUUUUUCUGGCUCCGAAUCCGAAUUUUAAGUGUGCCAAUUAUUCGAUCGAAAAAUGCUCGCCGGACUGUGCCGAAUACGAAUACGAUCGUUCGGUAUUUAGCGAAACAAUUAUCACGACGUUUGAUUUAGUUUGCCAGAAUGAACACUGGGCGAACACUGCACAAACAAUUUUUAUGUCCGGAAUAUUGGUCGGAAGCAUUCUAUUUGGUACCCUAGCAGACAAAUUUGGUCGACGGAUUCCACUAGUAGUGGCUGUGUUUCUACAGUUAAUAAGUGGAGUAGCCACAUCAUUUUCUCCUUGGUUCUGGCUCUUUUGCUUGUUGCGGUUUGUAAAUGCUGUGGCGACUGGAGGAUCAAUGACAACAAGUUUUGUUUUAGUCAUGGAAAUAACUGGCGUCCAAUGGCGUGAAGUAAUCUCAAUUUUCUACCAAAUUCCAUUCAAUUUUGGACAUCUAACGUUACCAGGUUUCGCCUAUUUUAUUCGUGACUGGCGGUACCUUCAAUUAGCAUUAUCGCUGCCUUCGAUCAUUUUGAUUUCGUACUAUUGGUUAGUUCCAGAAUCGCCGCGAUGGCUCUUCACCGUCGGCCGAAUCGACGAGGCGUCAAAAGUUUUGGAAAAAUCGGCACGAAUGAAUAAGCUGCCCACCGAAGAUAUUCAUCGAAAUCUUAUUGCCUACAAGAAGCAAUUAACGUCGGAACACUCCACACAAUCGAAGGGAAAUAUUUGGGAUUUGUUUCGUACGCCGAAUAUGCGCACUAAAACCAUAUGCAUGUGUUUCAAUUGGAUGGUCUGUGGUUUAGGGUUUUUCGGUCUAGCCCAGUACAUCGGACAAGCGGUUGGAAAUAUAUACAUGAACGUAGCCAUAUCUGCGAUAAUGGGUUUGCCAGGAACUUUAUCCUGCAUUUACACAAUGAGACGAUUCGGUCGAAAGAAAUCGAUGAUUUAUGCGAAUGCCUUGGUCGGUAUAUCAAUGCUGUCUAUAGCUUUUAUUCCAGCAACCGAAUCAGGAGCAAUUAUUGCACUGUCAUCUAUUGGCUUGGUUGGAGUUACUAUCUCAUUUCCUACGGCAUAUUUGUAUGCUUGUGAAUUGUUUCCAACAGUUGUCCGAAAUAUUGGUGUCGGAACCGCAUCGAUGGUUGCCAGAUUCGGUAGCAUGGUCGCUCCAUUUGUUGCUGGUCUGUCAGCGACCCACCACUGGUUGCCGCCAGUUAUUUUCGGUGUAGCAUCAUUAACUGGUAUGUGUUUGUUAUUCUUUUUGCCGGAAACAAAUGGUGCGCCGUUACCGGAAACCCUAGAAGAUGGCGAAAAUUUCGGAAAGAAAAAAAAGGAAGGAAGUUGACUGCCGACAAAACAUACGUAUAUAAUACUGACGAUUAAAGAUAAAUGGAAAAUAAACAAU